AUGGAUGCAGUCCAAAAAGAGCAUGAACGACUUUCAAAGAGGCUGAAAGCUUCGCAGAGUACCAAAAAUGUUCAAGCAACAAUUGAUCUCCUUCAACAAGCACGAGAAACCAUUGCAUCUGACCCGGAGCAAGCGUCUAUCACUUUGGCUAAACUUCAAAAUCCCUUGAAAUCCUCAUUUGAUGCGAUCAAUGACAGCCUCAAAGAGACCCAUAGUGGCCUCAACAAAUAUUCCAAAGCGCUAGACAAGCUAUUCAAGGAUAGGCCACUCCCGAGCACCGAACACGAUGCCCUCACGUCACAAGAGCAUCUCAUCAACCGCGCCAUUGCAAUGCACCUCUUGCGAGAAGGGCAGUUCUCCGUUGCUUCCAUAUUUCUUUCCGAGAUGGCGGAAGCGGAAUCAUCCAAGCGGCAGGGAGAUGAUGUCGCUGUAGAAGAUGAUGACGCGUCGUCCGUUCUCGAUCUUGAGGGCGUACCUUCAACUGAAAUCCGGAAGCAGUUUGCCACAAUGUAUCGCAUACUCCACGAAUUGGAAGAGAACAGGAAUUUGCUUCCGGCAAUACAGUGGGCAAGAGACAACAAAGAGGCCUUGGAGGUAAGAGGCAGCAACCUCGAAUUCGAGCUAUGCCGGCUACAGUUUGUCUGGCUCUUCCAUGGUGAACAGAUUCAACAAGGGCCUAUUUCUGCGGCGGGCCGGCAAGCGGCCUUGGAGUACGCACGGCGCGAGUUCCAUACAUUUAUGCCUAGAUAUCUGCGAGAGGUCCAGCAACUCGUGGGAGCAAUGGCUUUCUGCUCAAACCUCAACGACUCGCCGUACAGGAACAUAUUCGAUAACCCGUCGGCGUGGACAGAUGUGGCACAUUCGUUUACCCGCGAGUUCUGCUCCCUGCUAGGGUUAUCUGCGGAUUCACCCUUAUAUGUUGCCGCGACUGCCGGUGCAAUCGCUUUGCCGACAUUACUUAAACUGCAGACGAUCAUGAGAGCGAAACGCACUGAAUGGACGACGGAGAAUGAGCUACCGGUUGAAAUACCGCUCCCACCGUCAUAUCUUUUCCAUUCGAUCUUCGUCUGCCCCGUUUCCAAGGAACAGGCUACAGACGAAAACCCGCCAAUGAUGAUGCCUUGUGGGCAUGUCAUUGCAGAAGAAUCGUUGAAACGGCUGUGGGGCUAUGACACAUACACAUCCCUUUGCAAAAUGCUGACCCAGCAGCCCAGCAACUCCAAAAUGAUUGCUACCAAACGUGCAUCCCAAACCCUUGCUACCGAUAGCUUCUCUGCCAAGUACAGAGCUGGCAAAGUCCGAUCUCGAAGCAGGAGGCCUAUUGCCAGGGAGAGCUCUACACCGUCACGACGAGUAGAAAAACGUCUGACGCCUGACACUCCUCCUGAUGGCAGUUCUCUCGGACCCGCCGUCAUCACUCUUGCCGUAGGCCCAGAGAAAAGACUCUUCGCUGCCCAUAAAGAAAUCAUCUGUGAAUCUCCUUUCUUUGCAGCUGCAUGUUCUCGGGCCCAGUCCGCAGAUUCGCCCAGCAAUAAACGAUUGAAUCUCCCCGAUGAACAGCCAGAGGUCUUAUCCUGUAUCCUCGAAUUCCUUUACAAAGGUGAUUAUUAUCCCCAGCUUAUUCAUAAUAAACGUCGCGAUAUCUGGGAAUUGGAACAUACCGGAACGGACAGGAAUGGACAGAGUCAUGGCGCGACGGUCUUUCAUCAUGCGGUUGGUACGGAGAUUCUAAGAGAUACUGCUGUCUACUGCUCAGCACAUAAAUACGGCCUAGACGCUUUAAAGCGCCUAGCUAUCCGAAAACAGGGCCUCCACUCCGGUAUACAAUGCAGUACGAUUCUAACCAGCGCUCGAUACGCCUAUGCCAACACCCCCGAGAACGAAUCCAAGCUACGCGCGCACUAUCUAGCGCUAAUCAUCCGGAGCCGGUCCACAUUCAAAAGAAGCGGCACGAUGCAGAUGGAGAUGGAACAAGGUGGGAAACUAUUUUUCGAUCUGUUCGUAGCGAUGUGUAAUCACGUGGAUGACCUGACUGCAACUAUGACCUCUAACCCUUCUCUUGGUGAAUGA